AUGCGGCCGCCCUGGGGGCUCGCGCUCCCGCUGCUGCUCCCCUGGGUGGCAGGUGGAUUAGGGAGCGCGGCCAGUCCAAGGAAUCACGGGCUGUCGGCAUGGGCAGGCCAGCCUGGGGUCUGUCACUAUGGAACUAAACUGGCCUGCUGCCACGGCUGGAGAAGGAACAGCAAGGGAGGCUGUGAAGCUACGUGUGUCCAUGGAUGCAAGUUCGGGGAGUGUGUGGGACCAAACAAAUGUAGAUGCUUUCCAGGAUAUACCGGGAAAACUUGCAGUCAAGAUGUGAAUGAGUGUGGCUUCAGCCCUCGGCCCUGCCCACACAGAUGUGUGAACACCCACGGCAGCUACAAGUGUUUCUGCCUCAGUGGCUACAUGCUGAUGCCAGAUGCUACAUGUGCGAACUCUAGGACAUGUGCCAUGACGAGCUGCCAAUACGGCUGUGAAGACACAGAGGGAGGGCCGCGGUGCCUGUGUCCGUCCUCAGGACUCCGCCUGGCCCCCAAUGGAAGAGUCUGCACAGAUAUUGACGAAUGUGCCUCUGGUAAAGCCGUCUGCCCCUACAAUCGAAGAUGUAUGAACACAUUUGGAAGCUUCUACUGCAAAUGCCAUGUUGGUUUUGAACUGAAAUACAUCAGUGGACGAUAUGACUGUGUAGACAUAAAUGAAUGUGCUGUGAAUACCCAUACGUGCAGCCUCCAUGCCAAUUGCCUCAAUACCCAAGGAUCCUUCAAGUGUAAAUGCAAGCAGGGGUAUAAAGGCAACGGACUUCAGUGUUCUGUUAUCCCUGAGAAUUCUGUGAAGGAAAUCCGCAAAGCACCUGGUACCAUCAAAGACCCAAUCAAGAAGCUGCUUGCUCACAAGAAGAGCAUGAGAAAGAAGGGAAAAAUAAAAAAUGUGAUCCCAGAACGCACUGGGACUCCUGCCCCUAAGGUUAACUUGCAGCCGUUCAGCCAUGAAGAGAGUGUUUACCGGAGUGGCAACGCUAAUGGAGAAAAAAAAGGGCCUGAAGAGAGAAAGGAAGAGGAGCUUGAGGAAGAGAAAAGAGAUGAGAAAGCCCUGAAGAACCACGUGGAGUGGGAGCAAAGCCUUCGAGGAGAUGUGUUUUCCCCUAAGGUUAAUUGAGCAGGUGAAUUUGGUCUUGUUCUGGUCCAAAGAAAAACUCUAACGUCCAAACUGGAACACACAGAUUUAAAUAUCUCAGCUGACUGCAGCUUUGAUCACGGGGUCUGUAACUGGAAACAGGAUAUAGAAGAUGAUUUUGACUGGCAUCCUGCUGAUCGAGAUAAUGCUGUUGGCUAUUACAUGGCGGUUCCGGCCCUGGUGGGGCACAAGAAGGACAUUGGCCGAUUGAAACUUCUCCUUCCCAACCUGCAACCCCAAAGCAACUUCUGUUUGCUCUUUGAUUACCGGCUGGCCGGAGACAAAGUGGGGAAGCUUCGAGUAUUUGUGAAAAACAGUAACAACGUCCUGGCAUGGGAGGAGACCAAGAGUGAAGAUGAAAAGUGGAAGACGGGGAAAAUUCAGUUGUAUCAAGGGACGGAUACUACCAAAAGUAUAAUUUUUGAAGCAGAACGCGGCAAGGGCAAAACCGGCGAAAUUGCAGUGGAUGGUGUCUUACUGGUUUCAGGCUUAUGUCCAGACGGCCUUCUAUCUGUGGACGGUUGA